AUGACUUUUUAUAAGAUCCACAAAAUGUUGAAGAAGGGGAAUUUCGCGCCAAGAAUUGGGAGUGGAGCGUCAGUCUUCUUAGCUGCAGUGGUCGAGUACUUGGCGUCGGAGAUGUUGGACCUUGCGUCAGAAGUCGCGUUUCAGAACCAAAAGUCGAGGCUAGUACCCCGACAUUUGCUCACGCCACUGCUGUUCGCGAUUAAAAACGAUGAGGAACUGAGCAGAAUGCUCACUGGUGUCACUAUAUCCCAAGGGGGUGUUCUGCCAGCGAUAAACGCACAGUUGCUGCUGAAGAAAACCAUGAAAAAGCAAGCCGAGUCAAGUCAGAAGUCGUGGGCAGACAGGCGGGGAGUCAGGCUGGCAGUCAGGAAUUCAGGCGGGUAGACAGGCGGGCAGCCAGACGGGUAGACAGGCGGACGGCCAGACGGGUAGAUUAAUUCCUUUUCAAAUAAAUAAAAGCCGUUUGUUCUCAAUUUGUA